GAUCUGAUCCCUGCCAUCGUUCAUCCGAACUGUCAAAAUUCAGCGCUCUCCACUUCAAUCCUACACUUCCAGUUUACUUUUCAUAUAAGUAGGCAAAAGCUCCGAGUCAAAGCCUAAUGCGUCGGUUUGCAGAUGCCUGCAGAAUCAAACAGGGCAGACGGACGGACGGACGCAUAGAAAAGAGCGUGCCGAGAGAUAACAGGCUUAUUUCUUCCCUCUUCUGUGCGUCUUACUGCGACAAGAGAAAAGCCCAAGCCCAAGCCCAAGCCCAAGCACUAGGCUUUAGUGCUCUGCGCAAGCUGCAACGUCGAAACCAUCGUAUCACACGUUCAUCCAAAACCAUCCAAUUCUGCCGUUUCUGAAUCCCGACCGCUUCUCUAGAUUCAGGAAUUUAAGUUUUUCUUAUAUGUUGCUGGAAAGCUGGAUUUGAAGUAAGAGUCACUUGGGAUUGUUUCGUUGCCAAGCAAGCAGUCGGAAGCCUGCUUCAUUGAAUGCUGUGGGUCAUUAUUGAUAUCUUCGGAAGAUUCAGAGAUGGGUCAAACAGCGAGUAUUGAUGCUGCUCCUGCUCCUGCUGCUGUCAAAGAUGAAACCACCAAGUCAAAUUCCACUUCCCUGGAAACUGCCAUUGCUGAUGCUAUAGCUUAUGGAAAUGAAGAGACAGAGUCUAUUGAGGCAAAAGCUAAGAAAGCUUUAGACUGCCCUUGCAUAGCUGACUUGCGAAGUGGUCCAUGUGGAAACCAGUUUUCAGAGGCUUUCCUUUGUUUUCUCAAGAGCGCUGCUGAAGAAAAGGGCUCGGACUGUGUACAUCCAUUUGUUGCUCUUCAGAAUUGCAUCAAAGCCAAUCCAAAUGCCUUCCCCGAAGACAUUCUAAAAGAAGAUGAAGUUGAAGAGACGGAACCAGCCCAAGAAUACAAGAUAAUCCCUCCCACAUGGUCUAAAGAAUCUCGAAACCCAAAAUCCAAGCUCUAAGAGAACAGUUCAGUUUCCUCCUAUCUUUUAGGAUUCGAACAACUUCUAUUAGAGUUUUAGAUUAAUCACAAACUAAAGCUUGUUACUUAUACGAAAAUAGCUCAAGUUAUUUUGGAAGGACUGACUACACAUUUAUAUAAUUGUGAUUAAUUCUCUGAUCACUCUAUGUAAGAUUAUCAUACAUUUAAUAAGUUCUUCUUGCUGAA